GAACCAGACCAACUGAGACCGAGCAAAGAAAUCGCGUGAAGAUAAUAGCUGGCUAAUUAUAUUCUGUCCAUGUCUGAAUACUUCCGAUCGUGAAAGGGUGUAAAACAACAUUACGCCGUUCUGCUUCAACGGUUUUUGUUUCCAUAUACACAGCAAUAGCGAUAGUUAAGUUUUAAUGAUUAAUGAUAUUCUCUAGCUAGCUCAGUUGCCAAGGGAAAGGGAUGGGUAACGUUGCCUCGCUAGGCAACCUCAGGCCGCUUUGCUAACCAGUCCUUAAGGAGGAUGUGCGUCAAUGCUUCAAUUAUAUAUUUAGUUAGUUUGCUAUUUAGCCACAUGUAGAUGUUAUUCUGGCCUUGUUUUUGUUAGAGCCGACCUGAAAACGGGCGUGAAAUCGAAGAGAUCAGUUGCUCAAUUUCAUAUUUCCUACGGGGUGUUGCAGCUGCAGAAGACAGACAUGGUAACUAGACUCAGCCUCAGGUAGUGUCACAGUGAUCCUAGAACCAUUCGGAACCAGAACCCGAGGAGAGGAGAGUCCCGGAGCAGCCAGCAGCCAUGUUGGAGGAGGAUAUGGAGGUGGCCAUCAAGGUGGUGGUGGUGGGUAACGGAGCCGUGGGCAAGUCCAGCAUGAUCCAGCGCUACUGCAAGGGCAUCUUCACCAGGGACUACAAGAAGACCAUCGGGGUGGACUUCCUGGAGCGCCAGAUUGUGGUGAACGAUGAGGACGUGAGGCUGAUGCUGUGGGACACGGCGGGGCAGGAGGAGUUUGACGCCAUUACCAAGGCCUACUACCGAGGGGCCCAGGCCUGCGUGCUGGUCUUCUCCACCACCGACCGCGACUCGUUUGAAGCCAUCGUCAGCUGGAGGGAGAAGGUGGAGGCGGAGGUGGGGGACAUCCCCACCGUGCUGGUGCAGAACAAGAUCGACCUCCUGGAUGACACGGUCAUCAAGAACGAGGAGGCAGAGGGAUUGGCCAAGAAGCUGAAGCUGAGAUUCUACCGCACUUCAGUGAAGGAGGAUCUCAAUGUCAAUGAAGUUUUCAAGUACCUGGCUGACAAAUACCUGCAGAGACUGAAGCAGCAGAGUGCGGAGGAGACAGAGGUGGUGCACACGACCAGCAAUAAAAUCGGUGUGUUCAACACAGCGGGAGGUAGCCACUGUGGGCAGAACUCCAGCAGCGUGAAUGGCUGUGAUGUCAUCAACCUGCGACCCAACCGACAAAGGACCAAGAGGAGCAAAACGCCCUUUGGCAGCUGCCGCCUGCUGUAAAACAGGCACAGUCCCCAUAGGAUCGAGGGCGCACGACUGGCUCUCAUACGAGGUUCCCAGGCUUCACAGCUUCAUACACAACUCAAUAGGUCAUUGGGCGAUGUCUGUGUUGUCAUAUCCUGUCAAACACAGUCAGCCCGAGAGGUGCUCCAAGAUGGUGGCUCCUCUCUCUGGGUGGACAUUACCCGUGUUCUUGAGUUAUGUUUGGCUGUGCAGCCUCUGUGCCUCCUUUUAUCCCUGUGACCAGUCCUUUGUUGUGAAGCUCUCGGUGUAAGACUAUCGGGGCUUCGCUGCGUCCGAAUUGAAUGCGGAUUUCAUAAACCUUCAUUCCGACAUUCCAUAAGUGAUAUAAAAUUGUUGUCCUUUCCGAUGGCCCAGAGCAGCAUAGCUUCCCGCUGACUCGUCAGCGAUAACAUAUUUGUAUGUGUACAUAUGCGAUUUUCAGAGUACCAUUUGUGCAUUUUACUGUUCCUCUGUGCAAUAUGUUAGUAAUGGUAGAGAUAUAGUCUACAGAUUAUUUGGUACUAUUUUUUUUCCUUAAAAAGAAUUUAAUCUGCUUCAAUAUGUGUCAUGAAUAUAUAUAUGUAGUUACUUUUUCCAGGAUAUUUUUAUAUAACAUAACUGUGUUUAGUGAAUGUAGGCAUUCAACUGCCUGAAAAGAAACAAAACUAAUGAGUUAAUAUAGUGCCAAAUUGUUUUGAAAACUUAACUACCUUCCUCAAAAACCCAAGACACAAGCUUACAAGGUACUUCAGCAGGUAAUAGAAUAUUUGUUGUUAAACCUAUGGAGAAGAGCAUAAUCAUUUUCUGAAAUACGAAGUCCAGUAUGUUGUUUGAAUGGUACUGAAUUGUAUGAAUCACAGUGACUGAAUCAAACUGUUUGGGGGACACUUGUUAGUUUGAGAACUUGCAGUGGACUGAAUUGGUUUAAAUGAACACUAUCCAAAGCGAUGCUCUGUGGCAUUAUAAACGCAGACUCUAGACGUUUGAGCAGCACAGGCACCUCAUCCAGAAAGAUGGAGAGGGCAAAGCUUCGUCUGGCGUUAGCCUUCACAUUCCCUCCUUUCCGGGCGCCAUUUUAUCCGUUACGGGCUCCCCGGUUUUCUUGCCUUCACUCAGUUAGGGGGGGGGGGGUGAGGAUCUGAUGAACUGCAGGGGUUCCCAAAAUAUUGUGUCCUAAAGCUACCUAAAGCAGGCACCCUGUGUAGGAACCCCUCUUCAAAAUUGUUUUUGUUUUUUAAAAGGGUUCGCCUCGGCACCCUUAAACAACAUGCACUACCGGCUCAAAUUAUUUGCCUGUUUAACAUGCUAUUAGCAUGAUUACAUGAUUAGCUUUUCAAAAUUGGGGGGGCUCAGUGGAAGACUUGUUGCUUAUUAGUUUCAUCUAAAUAUUUUAUAGUUACAAUAAUCACAGUAUUACCAAGGAUGUGUAUACUCAGUUUAUUUUAUCUGAGUGUUAUAAAAUAAUGAAAUUUUUCAAAUAUGGAAAUGUAAACAAAAUAUUUUUAAAAGGGAGAUUUUGUUUUUCUUUUCAUUUUGUUUUGGACCCCCGGGGUCUGGGUUUGGGGGCCCUUGCCUUACAGAAUGGAGACAAAUCCCUGAAAUGAAAUUUAUUUCAUAAAUGACACGGUGUUACACAGCCUUGGUAACAGUUGUAUACCCUGUGACAGGAACUGAAGAGAUAUGGGUAUAAACUCAUGUCUUGUUUCCUUUUCUCACAGUCUGACUACAGGCAGGUGAUUGUAAAAAAAUAUAUAAUAUCCCCUUUGUAUUGAUGCCACUCUGCUAGAUCCCAAAUCUUUAAACGGGCCUUUUCAUGUAGGGUUUCGCAUUGAAUUAUGUUUACAUGUUUAUACAGUGUUUACUUUUCAAUGUAUUGUUGUUUUUCUUUCAUUUAAAAUGGAACCUCCACUGAAAGCAUUUUCUCAGAGUAUCUGUCAUUUGAUUCCUGUUCCAAAAUUGCUCACCCUUUUGUUGAGAGCAGACCCUUGAGUGUAGUUCAGCCUUUGCUUGCCUUUUAAAGCUCAACAGUAGGCGUCAGGCAUUUUGGACGGGGAGCCAUACAGGACUUAUUCUUAAUUUGUCAUCCUAAACAGUUUUAGGCUAUUUUUUUUUCCACCCUUUUAAUUUUCAUGAUUUUCCACAGCGAUUCUGUGACUGCUACAGCAUGCAGAAUGCUGAGUAUAUAAUGUUGCCUUAUAAUGAGAUCUUUCCUUUUUUCCUAGCCAGGCAAUGAAAUAAUGCAAGUGUCCACUGACCUCCCAUUCCUGUUGUGACAGUUUGGACCAAAAGAUUCUGCUUACACACAACAAUACACACAAAACCGCCUUAUUGUAGACCUCUUGCUUAACUUCAAACGGCAAGAAUGUCAUUUUCGAUUGGCUAAUUCUAACGAUGCAUUGUCCUCACAGCAGUUGAAGUAUAAGCAAGUAAAUCACAUGGGCUCCAUUCAUACUGAAUGCAUGGCAGCAUUUCCUAACUUCAGUUCAACUCAAAGCAAAAUACAAUUGGUGUAAUGUCAGCAUCACUAAUUCUACUGACCUCUGUGGAUCUAAACUCUAUAGCUUGUGCUGAAACUCCCCUUGGCCACAAACUCUGGUCCCUUGCUCAUAAUGAGCACCAGUAUGGUGAAAUCCACCUUUCUAAUGGCAGGGUGAAGCAAAUGGUGAUGCUGGCACGGAGUAUCUGAGAGUUACACCUGUUUCUCUGUGGCCUGUAAGGUGUAAAAUAGUCAUUGGUUAAUGAAAGGUUCAUCUAGGUUUUCCAAGGGCAGCAGUGACUCCACAGACCUAGUCAGAGUUGUUUGCUGCUUCAAGGCUAUUGUUAAAACCUGUGUGGGAUAGGGUUGUGGUCAUGUUGAUCUUCGACACCAAUACACAUACACACGCACACAUAUGCUGUCCUCUACUUUAUGGUGUGUGCAUAAUCGGCACCACAGAAUGAAGCUCAGUGAUUGGGUAUUUUGUUUCAUCGGGGAAAGUUGAGGGGAAUUUGGCCAUGGCUGGUCAUGCUCAUUCUACAGGCCUUUAGGUUAUGUUCCACUGAAAACUUUGGUUUUCCAGAUCAUUUCAGUGGUACAUGCGUAACAUUGGUUUGGAACAUGUUUUUUAAAUCACCAGUCAUUUUUUCAGAAACUUUUUUCAUGAAAAAAAAGAUGAAAUUUCAGGAUCUAACAAUGAGAUUUGUGACGCUGUACCUGCCCCUAAAGCUUUAACAAGAAAACUACACUCCUGGAUAUGGAAGUAAAGUCCUGUAAUAUUGUCCAAAAUCAGGUUGAGAAAAAUAAAAAAAAAAUUUUUUAAAUAAUUACACAAAUUUCACAAUGAAAAUGUAAUAGUUGAGGGAUGAUUUGCAGCGGUAAACAGAGUGGAUUUUUCGGUGGAACAGAACCUUGAUGAGAGGAAGUGGAAAAUGUGUGGGGUGUUUGUGUUGAGUGCUUUCCAGGGCUGGCUUGUUAAAAGGAACGAUCUGUUCUUCCAGAAACCGGUCCCUUAGUGUGGACAGAGCUGAAAUACACGGUUCCACAAGAUGUUUUUUGGCUCUGGGCUCAAAUCCAGCCAGUCCCUUUAUAUGCAGUGGUACCAGUCUUCUGAUUGCUUCUAGAACCCAAUCACAAUGCAGUAGGCCUACAUAAGCUCAUAAUUUUCUUGUUAUUGUUAAAAGUGCAAGUUGCUGCUUCUAUUAAUUUUGCCCCUUAACCACUUAAUUAUGUAACCAUAGUUUCAAACCCCCCGCCCCGCCCCUUUCAGAACUUGCAUCAAACCAAGCUAACAGAUCACUCAUGUUAUCCGUAUUUUAUAAAAAAAACAAUAAGAACAUUGAAAGUGCUCUUCACCAGUUGUGAAUAUGGAAUAUGGUGGCAUGGUAACCCUGGCUUGUAUCUUUGUUAUUCUUGGUAUGUGCCAGACUAAGGCACUAGUGUCAAACUCCAGUCCUGCAGGGCCGCAGUGUCUGCUGGUUUUUGGGGUGUUCUGGACACCCAUGGUUCAUUCAAGUCAUUGGUUAAAGUAUCCACACGCUUGGGGAACAAGGCCUUAAUUGGCAGCUGAUUGAAAGGAAACCACAAAAAACCUGCAGACACUGCGGCCCCCUGGGAAUUCAGUUUGACACCCCUGCUCUAAGGCUUGGAGGAACUUUAAGCUCCGAUUGGACAGGUUAAAAAAGUGUCUGUGAUGUAAAACACUAUUUCAUCGUCUGUGACGUAAAAGUCAUGGAACGCACAGAGACCCCUUUUCUUCCCCUAUACUGUAUUCUCUCUUGCUGCUUUAUUCUUAUAAUUUCUUUAAUCUACAUAUGUAUCCUCCUGCAUCCCACAGUGCAGUGCAAUGACCUUCUGUCUGCCGCCUUAUGUCACUUUGUGUAUCAUCAGGCUGUUUGAUGGUUGUGUAAACAUCAAUAAAGAAUGUAUAGAUUUGA